UGUGUGUGUGUGUGUGUGUAUGUGUGUGUGUAGCUUUUUUUUUUUUUAAACAAGCACCUCUUAGGGCCUGGCUUUAUUUAACCUACGGAGCGGAUCCGGGCCAUUUGUGCGCCUACGCGUCGCCGCGCGCGCAAGUCUCUCCUCGGUUCGUGUGCUGGAAAGUUGGGACGUGAGAGGAUUUCGGACGUUUGAAGUUUAAAGAAGAAACAACAAAAAGAAACAAAGUUGUGUUUUUUUAAAAAAAGAUACGUUACUCCGCAAGAACACACGCGCUCCAGAACUGUCUUUCUGAUUUUCGAAAAUCGCUCGCAACUUUGUUUCUCUUUGGCUGUUUUUUUUUUGGCAUUGCCUGGCACUGCCUGUCUCUCUGUCUCUCUGUCUCUCUCUCCGCCUGCGGUGAAGUUUCACACAUACGCACACUUACACACGCACACGCACACAGGCGCGCUCGCGUUUGCGCGCCCCAGCCGUACGGACUGCCUGCACUAUAAAACCCAGGGAGAGAAAAAAAAUCAUGAUGAGCAACAACGCGUACUACGAGCAGCAGCAGCAGCAGCAGCAGUUCCAGCAGCAGCCGCAGCAGUAUUACUACCAGGACGGCGAGGACGGAGGCGGAGAGGAGGAGAUGCCCGCCACCGAGAAGGACCUGGCCGAGGACGCGCCGUGGAAGAAGAUCCAGCAGAACACUUUCACGCGAUGGUGCAACGAGCACCUGAAGUGCGUGAACAAGAAGAUCGUGGAUCUGCAGAAAGACCUCAGCGAUGGCCUCAAGCUCAUCGGGCUCCUAGAGGUGCUGAGCCAGAAGAAGAUGUACAGGAAGUACCACGCCAGGCCCAACUUCAGACAGAUGAAGCUGGAGAACGUGUCCGUGGCGCUGGAGUUCCUCGAAAGGGAGCACAUCAAGCUGGUGUCUAUAGACAGUAAAGCCAUAGUGGAUGGCAACCUGAAGCUGAUUCUAGGACUGAUAUGGACCCUCAUCCUGCACUACUCCAUCUCCAUGCCCAUGUGGGAGGACGAGGACGACGAAGAUGCCAAGAAGCUCACUCCCAAGCAGCGCCUCCUGGGCUGGAUCCAGAACAAAGUGCCUCAGCUGCCCAUCAACAACUUCCACCGUGACUGGCGGGAUGGUAAAGCCCUGGGAGCUCUGGUAGACAACUGUGCCCCUGGUCUGUGUCCUGACUGGGAGAUGUGGGACCCCAAUCAGCCCGUGGAGAACGCCAGGGAGGCCAUGCAGCAGGCUGACGACUGGCUUGGUGUCCCUCAGGUUAUAGCUCCUGAGGAGAUUGUGGAUCCCAAUGUGGAUGAACACUCUGUCAUGACUUACCUGUCUCAGUUCCCUAAAGCCAAGCUGAAGCCUGGCGCUCCUCUGCGCUCUAAAACCCUGCACCCCAAGAGGGCCAAAGCCUAUGGUCCUGGUAUCGAGCCAAGAGGGAACAUGGUGUUAAAACCAGCUGAGUUUAUAGUGGAGACCGUGGAGGCGGGGCUUGGUGAGGUGCUGGUGUAUGUCGAGGAUCCUGAGGGUCACACAGAGGAGGCUCGUGUGAUCCCCAACAAUGACAAAAACAGAAGCUACUCUGUGGCCUAUUUGCCCAAAGUGGAAGGUCUUCAUAAGGUGAAGGUGUUGUUUGCUGGGCAGGACAUUAACAACAGCCCCUUCCUUGUGAAUGUGUCCAAAGCCCUGGGAGACCCCAACAAGGUGCAGGCACGUGGUCCGGGCUUGGAACCAGUCGGCAAUGUGGCCCAUAAGGCCACUUACUUUGACAUCUAUACUGCAGGUGCAGGCGCAGGUGACGUGGGUGUAAUCAUCGUGGAUUCACAGGGUCGCAGGGACACGGUGGAAAUCAUACUAGAGAACAGAGGGGACAGUAAUUUCCGCUGUACAUACUGCCCUGUACUGGAAGGACCUCAUGUUAUCUAUGUAACAUUCGCUGGCCAGCAAAUUCCCAGAAGCCCUUUUACUGUACACAUCUCAGAGGCUCCUCUGAGCAGCGUGCCGGCCGGUUCCCCGGUUCAGAUAAUCCCUCAGUCUAUUCGCACGCCGCCCUCCGAAAAGUCCAAGAAAGUGCCCCCCCCAACGCCGCCCAAACCCAGGCGAGCAACGAGCAACCCGAAUGCUUGUCGGGCCAUCGGACGAGGUCUACAGCCCAAGGGUGUGCGGGUGAAGGAGGUGGCUGAUUUUAAAGUUUACACAAGAGGGGCAGGUAGCGGAGACCUGCGAGUCAUCAUCAAAAACCCAAAGGGUGGAGAUGAACCUGUGAAGGUGUGUGACCUCGGCGAUGGGGUGUAUGAGUGUAACUACUACCCGAUUUUCCCUGGAAAAUACACUGUGAUAAUCACCUGGGGAGGACAUGCCAUCCCACGAAGUCCGUUUGAGGUGUUGAUCAGUGAGGAUGCAGGACCUCAGAAGGUGAGAGCAUGGGGUCCAGGCCUGGAGACAGGCAUGGUGGGCAAAUCAGCUGACUUUAUUGUGGAGGCGAUCGGGACGGAAGUGGGAACUCUGGGAUUUUCCAUUGAAGGACCAUCUCAGGCAAAGAUCGAGUGUGAUGAUAAGGGUGAUGGCUCCUGUGAUGUUCUCUACUGGCCCACAGAGCCUGGUGACUAUGCUGUCCAUGUCAUCUGUGAUGAUGAGGACAUUAAGGACAGCCCCUUCAUGGCACACAUCCUUCCUGCAGCAAAUGAUGUUUUUCCAGAGAAGGUGAAAUGUUAUGGUCCCGGUUUGGAGCCCACUGGCUGCAUAGUAAACAAACCAGCAGACUUUACUAUAGAUGCUCGAGGAGCAGGAAGGGGUCAGCUGAAGAUCUAUGCUCAGGACUCUGACGGUUACCCAAUUGACAUUCAAAUUACAGACAAUGGUGAUGGCACUUUCUUUUGCAUUUAUAUCCCUACAAAACCGCUCAAACACACCAUCAUCAUCACCUGGGGUGAGGUCAAUGUACCCAACAGUCCAUUCAGGGUGAACAUCGGAGAAGGCAGUCACCCUGAGAACGUGAAGGUGUAUGGACCAGGUGUAGAGAAAAGUGGCCUGAAAGCCAAUGAACCCACUUACUUUACUGUGGAUUGCAGUGAAGCUGGCCAAGGAGAUGUAAGCAUUGGAAUUAAGUGCGCUCCUGGAGUGGUAGGCCCUGCCGAGGCCGACAUCGAUUUUGACAUUAUCAAAAAUGACAACGACACUUUUACUGUCAAGUACACACCACCAGGCCCUGGGCGAUACACCAUCAUGGUGCUGUUUGCUGAUCAGGAGAUACCCAUCAGCCCCUUCCGUAUUAAAGUGGACCCCUCUCAUGAUGCUAAUAAAGUGAGAGCCGAGGGUCCAGGACUCUGCAAGACUGGUGUGGAAGUGGGCAAGCCGACACACUUCACAAUCUACACUAAAGGAGCCGGCAAGGCCACACCUGAGGUGCACUUUACCGGAGCGCUUAAAGGAGACACUGUCAGUGACUUCGAGAUCAUCGAUAACCACGACUACUCCUUUACAGUCCGCUACACUGCACUACAGCAGGGUAACAUGAGUAUUUCUGUGUGCCAUGGAGGUGACCCCAUCCCCAAAAGCCCCUUCGUUAUUAACGUCGCUCCUCCACUGGACCUCAGCAAGGUCAAAGUCCAAGGACUCAACACCAAAGUGGAUGUUGGGAAAGAUCAGGAGUUCACCGUUAACACACGUGGAGCGGGUGGCCAGGGCAAAGUGGAUGUGAAAAUCCUCUCACCCUCUCGACGACCAAUCCCAUGCAAGGUAGAAUCUGGAACUACUAAUGAUGUGCACUCUGUGAAGUACAUUCCCCCAGAGGAGGGACCCUACAAAGUGGACAUCACUUAUGAUGAGAACCCUGUUCCAGGAAGCCCAUUUACUGUAGAAGGGGUGAUGCCUCCUGAUCCCUCUAAAGUUCGAGCGUACGGUCCAGGCUUAAGAGGAGGAGUUGUGGGUAAACCAGCUCCAUUUGCGAUUGACACCAAAGGUGCCGGUACAGGUGGACUAGGCCUGACAGUGGAGGGUCCCUGCGAGGCCAAGAUUGAGUGCCAGGACAAUGGAGAUGGCUCUUGCUCCGUAUCAUACUUGCCCACUGAGCCAGGCGAAUACUCUAUUAACAUCCUGUUUGCUGAACAGCACGUCCCCGGCUCACCCUUCAAAGCCAUGGUGCAGUCAGUAUUCGACCCGAGCAAGGUGACGGUCAGCGGGCCAGGCUUAGAGAGAGGCAAAGUGGGUGAGGCUGCGUCCUUUACAGUGGACUGUUCCAAAGCAGGUGAUGCUGAUCUCACUAUUGAGAUCAUCUCAGACUCGGGCGCCCAGGCUCAAGUGCACAUCCAGAACAACAGUGAUGGCACAUACUCCAUAACUUAUGUGCCCCCAUUCCAUGGCACGUACACCAUCACCAUUAACUAUGGCGGACACGCCGUGCCAAAAUUUCCUGCCCGUGUACAGGUGGAUCCUGCUAUCGACACCAGUGGGAUCAAAGUCUACGGACCAGGAGUUGAACCCAGAGGAGCCCUUAGAGAAGUCACUACACACUUUAUUGUGGACACCCGUUCUUACAAUCUGACUGGAGGGAACCAUGUCAAAGCCUGCAUUGUUAACCCUUCAGGCACCAACACAGAUGCGUACAUCACUGAUAAAGGGGAUGGAACCUACAGAGUGGAGUAUUCUGCAUAUGAGGAUGGUGUGCACCUGAUUGAGGUGUUGUAUGAUGAUGUGCCGGUUCCUAAAAGCCCAUUCAGAGUGUCAGUAACAGAAGGAUGUGACCCGAGCCGUGUGCGGGCAUAUGGACCGGGUCUAGAAGAGGGACUAGUAAACAAAUCCAACCGCUUCACUGUGGAGACCAGGGGUGCUGGUACGGGUGGACUCGGCUUAGCCAUUGAGGGCCCAUCUGAGGCUAAGAUGUCCUGUAAGGAUAAUAAAGAUGGCAGUUGUAGUGUGGAGUACAUUCCCUUCACUCCUGGAGAGUAUGAUGUUAACAUCACAUUUGGCGGUCUUCCAAUCCCAGGCAGUCCAUUCAGAGUUCCAGUUCGAGAGCUUGUGGAUCCCAGUAAGGUGAGAUGUUCUGGCCCGGGUCUGGGCAAUGGAGUACGAGCUCAUGUUCCACAGACCUUCACCGUGGACUGUAGCAACGCUGGUCUGGCCCCACUGGAGGUGCUACUUUACAGCCCAACUGGAGCAACGGAGCCAGUUAACAUUACAGACAAUGGUGAUGGUACUCACACUGUCAUUUACACACCCUCCAAGGACGGGCCAUACACAGUUUAUGUCAAAUAUGCUGACCAAGAAGUUCCUCGGAGUCCCUUUAAGGUUAAAGCCCUGCCUGCUCAUGAUGCCAGUAAGGUGCGUGCCAGUGGACCUGGUCUCAAUGCAGCCGGUGUCCCUGCCAGCCUUCCGGUAGAAUUCACCAUUGAUGCACGUGAUGCUGGCGAAGGACUCCUUACUGUCCAGAUCCUGGAUCCAGAAGGAAAGCCAAAGAAAGCGAACAUCAGGGAUAACAGAGAUGGAACAUACACGGUGUCCUAUGUGCCAGAUAUGACAGGCCGCUACACCAUCACCAUCAAAUAUGGAGGAGAUGAGAUUCCCUUCUCUCCAUACCGCAUCCAUGCACUGCCCACUGGAGACGCCAGCAAGUGUCUGGUCACUGUUUCCAUUGGAGGACACGGCCUGGGCUCGGGACUCGGACCCACCAUUCAGAUUGGCGAGGAAACUGUUAUCACUGUGGAUGCAAAGGCUGCUGGGAAGGGAAAAGUCACAUGCAAAGUUUCCACCCCUGAUGGAGCUGAACUAGAUGUGGAUGUGGUUGAGAACUCAGAUGGAACUUUCGAUAUUUAUUACACGGCUCCAGAGCCAGGGAAAUACAUCAUCACUAUUCGCUUUGGAGGAGAGCACAUUCCCAACAGUCCCUUCCACGUGGUGGCGUGUGAUACCGUUCCUAUAAUAGAAGAGCCGUGCGAUAAAGUGCAGUUACAGCAGCCCUACUCGCCUUACCAGGGCUACUCCCCUCACUGGGCCACUGAGGAACCAGUGACAGCGAUUAAUGGCAUGGAGCCCAUGCUUCGUCCCUUCAGUCUGGUCAUCCCCUUCACUGUGCAAAAAGGAGAAAUCACAGGAGAGGUACGAAUGCCUUCAGGCAAGACAGCACGACCUCACAUCACUGACAAUAAGGACGGCACUGUGACGGUCAAGUACGCCCCUACUGAGAAAGGGCUGCACGAGAUGGACAUCAAGUAUGAUGGCAACCACAUACCAGGAAGUCCACUGCAGUUCUACGUCGAUGCCAUAAACAGUGGUCAUGUGACUGCUUAUGGGCCCGGCCUGAGCCACGGCAUGAUUAACAAACCCGCGAAUUUCACGAUUGUCACCAAGGACGCAGGAGAAGGUGGACUAUCUCUGGCAGUAGAAGGUCCAUCUAAAGCAGAGAUCAGCUGUAAGGACAAUAAAGACGGCACCUGCACUGUCUCUUAUCUGCCCACUGCACCAGGAGAUUAUAAUAUCCUCGUCAAAUUCGAUGACAAACAUAUUGCUGGGAGCCCCUUUACAGCCAAGAUUACAGGAGAUGACUCCAUGAGAACGUCCCAGUUGAACGUAGGCACAGCGACAGACGUAUCCCUGAAGAUAACGGAGACAGACCUGAGUUCUCUCACCGCAAGCAUCCGAGCUCCGUCUGGUAAUGAGGAGCCCUGUCUGCUCAAGAGACUGCCUAACCGUCACAUCGGGAUCUCCUUCACUCCUAAGGAAGUGGGUGAGCAUGUAGUGAGUGUCAAGAAGAACGGCAAACAUGUGACCAACAGCCCCUUCAAAAUCAUGGUGGGGCAGUCAGAGAUCGGAGAUGCCAGCAAAGUAAAAGUGUUCGGUAAAGGUCUGGUGGAGGGACACACCUUUGAGGUGGCUGAGUUUAUCGUGGACACCAGAAAUGCAGGUUAUGGUGGGCUGGGUCUUUCCAUCGAAGGUCCCAGCAAAGUGGACAUUAACUGUGAGGACAUAGAGGAUGGCACAUGCAAAGUCACCUACUGCCCGACAGAGCCAGGCACCUACAUCAUCAAUAUCAAAUUUGCGGACCAGCAUGUGCCAGGCAGUCCAUUCACUGUAAAGGUGCUGGGGGAGGGCAGGAUGAAGGAGAGCAUCACGAGGAGGAGGCAGGCUCCCUCUAUAGCUACUGUUGGAAGCACCUGCGAUCUCAAUCUCAAAAUCCCAGGGAACUGGUUUCAGAUGGUGUCAGCUCAAGAAAGGCAAACGCGUACUUUCACACGCAGCAGCCACACAUAUACACGCACCGAGCGCACUGAGAUCAGCAAGACGCGGGCAGGCGAAACCAAGCGCGAAGUGCGUGUGGAGGAAAGCACUCAGCUUGGGGGAGAUCCCUUCAGGGACGUGUUCGGAGGAUUCAUGGGGCCCUUCAGUGGCGUCCAAUCCCGUCAAUCUGAGGGUGAGACUGGUACUCAGGAGAUGACAGCACAGGUGACAAGUCCCAGUGGAAAAACAGGCGAUGCUGAGAUCAUUGAGGGUGAAGACAGCACCUACAGUGUGCGCUUUGUACCCCAGGAGAUGGGCCCUCACACAGUCAACGUAAAAUACCGGGGCCAGCACGUUCCCGGGAGUCCCUUCCAGUUCACUGUGGGGCCACUUGGAGAAGGAGGAGCCCAUAAAGUGCGCGCAGGUGGUACCGGUCUUGACCGAGGAGUAGCAGGAGUGCCGGCGGAGUUCAGCAUCUGGACGCGUGAGGCAGGUGCAGGUGGUUUGUCCAUCGCCGUUGAGGGACCCAGUAAAGCUGAGAUCUCGUUCGAGGACAGGAAGGACGGAUCAUGUGGAGUGGCUUAUGUGGUCCAAGAGCCUGGUGACUAUGAGGUGUCAAUCAAAUUCAAUGAUGAGCACAUCCCAGACAGUCCAUUCAUCGUGCCCAUAGCAACAUUGUCUGAUGAUGCACGCAGACUUACGGUUACUAGCCUGCAGGAAACGGGCCUGAAAGUGAACCAGGAAGCUUCCUUUGCAGUGCAGCUGAAUGGAGCAAGGGGUAUGAUUGAUGCCAAGGUUCACACACCCUCCGGUGCAGUGGAGGAGUGCUACAUCACAGAACUAGACAACGAUAAACAUGCGAUUCGCUUCAUCCCACGUGAGAACGGUGUCCAUUCCAUCGACGUACGCUUUAAUGGGAGCCACAUUCCUGGGAGUCCCUUUAAGAUCCGUGUGGGAGAACCAGGUCAGGUCGGAGACCCAGGGAUGGUGUCAGCUUUCGGCCCAGGCCUGGAAGGAGGAACCACAGGUGUGCCGUCUGAAUUCAUUGUAAACACAGUCAACGCUGGAACCGGAGCUCUCUCUGUUACUAUCGAUGGACCCUCCAAGGUGAAGAUGGAUUGCCAAGAGUGUCCAGAGGGUUACAAAGUCACGUACACACCUAUGGCCCCAGGCAGCUACCUCAUCUGCAUCAAAUAUGGAGGACCACAGCAUAUUGUUGGCAGCCCUUUUAAAGCUAAAGUCUCUGGUCCACGUCUCUCUGGAGGGCACAGUCUCCAUGAGACCUCAUCUGUGCUCGUGGAGACAGUGACUAAGUCAUCAACCAUGGCCGGAUCUUUUGCAUCCUUGCCUAAAUUUUCGUCUGAUGCCAGCAAAGUGGUGUCACGAGGGUCCGGUCUUUCAAAAGCCUUCAUCGGACAGAAGAACACCUUCACUGUGGACUGCAGUAAAGCUGGGACAAACAUGCUGAUGGUGGGUGUGCACGGGCCGAAGACUCCGUGCGAGGAGGUCUAUGUCAAGCACAUGGGCAACAGGAUGUACAAUGUGACAUACACAGUUAAGGAGAAAGGAGACUACAUCCUUAUUGUCAAAUGGGGGGAUGAGAUGGUACCCGGCAGUCCCUUCCAUGUUACAGUGCCUUAAUAUGGACCUACCAUAAACCCUUCUCUCUAAUCUCAGAGACUUGGCUGUCUGUCCUGGAGGAAAGACAGCGCUCACUGACAGUGCCAAAUCAUUUCACAAAUUUCUAUCUUACCAUUUGACGAGCAAUCAAGAAGGCCUCACAUCACAGUAUUGCUUAGUUUUCUUUGCCAAUCCUGCGCCAUGUUUGCAUACUAUCCACUUGAUGUUUUUAUAAGAUCAUUGAUUCACUAGUGUUAUUUCCAUGGCUCCUCUUUUGCUAAUAGUAUUUUUUGUACUUUAUAUUUUUGUGAUGCUAGAGAAUGUUUGAAACAUGAGUGAAUGUCAAAACAGCCAAAUAGAUUGAUGUGAACUGUAAGAAUAUAAACACAUGCUUAGACAUCAGCUACCCUAAAAUGUCCGAAGCCACUUCAACUUUUAUUUAUUCAGUCCACUUUCUCACUUUCCCUGACUUGUCUUAUUUUUUUGAAGAAAGAAUUUACCAAUUUUAAGGGUUUAGUCCUAGCUGAUAAUCAUUAGUUAAGAGAACCUGAUAAGAAGCAUGUCUCAGGCUUAAAUGCAUCCUGAUUUUUCCUGCUGUGUCUACUGACAGCAUUGCAUGACCUGGUGAGAGAGACUUUUGUACCACUUAUCAUGGGAUUUUUUGCAAAACCCAUAGAAGUUUAAGCAGAGCAGUAUUAAAGAGUGCCAUUUUAUAGUUAUUUUAUAUGGAUUAAAUAAUUGAUGUGUAUGGAAACAUCGUACCCUGUUGUUUGUUAAUUCUGUGCUGGCAUAUUAAAGUUUUAUUUGCUAUUUUGCCAUUCAAAAAA